UGUAUAUGAAAUGCUGGGUGACUGAAUCACAGAGUAAUGUACAAUGAAGAGGGAGGUCUGUGCUCGUGUUGUUGUGACGCGAGGCAUGUCGGGAGUAGCAAACAUGGCGACAGGACAAGAUGGGAAAGCUGGUAGUACCUCGGACGUGGAUCUCUUACUGCAUCCUGAGCUGUUGUCUCAGGAGUUUAUACAACUGAUUUUAAGUGAGAAAAAGGUUAGUACCAGAGAUUGUGGGAGUCGGGACCGGCUCACGGAGCUUUACCUACGGCAUGUCAUCCCGCUGCCGCAGAGGACUUUACCCGACAGCCGCUGGGGCCAAAGAAUGCAGAAGACCCGGGGGAGACCGACCCCGGCCAGCCACCGCUCAGACAGUUCCAGUAACGACCACAAUAGGAAAAGGCCUCUGAUCGUGUUUGAUGGCAGCUCCUCUCACUCUGGCCCACUAAAAGUGAAGAAACCAGAGGCGUCAACAGGAAUCACUGACCGGUUAAAACCUCCACCAGCUGCAAACCUGUCCAACCCCAUCCGCAAGCUAUCUGGCAACACAUCUUCCUCUUCCUCAUCCAUACAGAUGUCUGCCCGCAGCAAUGACACAGCAAACCUCAAACGAGAAGCAAACAGCUCGGAUGCACUGAAGUCUCCAGAAGUGAAGAAAAAGAUCCAACACGUGACAUGGCCCUGACCUCUGACCCCUGUUUAGAUAGACCUGAUGAGAGCUCAUGCUCUGGCUGACUGACUCCUUUCCCUCCCAUCACUGAACACCAAAUGUUGUUGCCCACUACCUUUGGUCUCCCCUUCACAGUUAUCCCACUAACUGCAGCCCAAAAGGGAUGGAAACUAUUUAACGGUGUCAAGGCCACGUCCCUGCUCUUGUUCAGUUUUGAGAUUGGAACAAGAUGGGGUGGUGCUCCGAUCACCCUGCUUUUGAAGUCACAAGUUUCCUUGUUGCUGUCCUCAACUUCAAGUGCCCUUACAUCAAUGAUCAGCAACUCUCCCGGCCCACACACAGAGACCAUCUUACAAGACAAACCGAGUGAGAUGACUAAUCUUUGGAAAUUGUGGCGGAUCCUAUUUGUUUCUGUGCAGGGGUUGAUUUAGGUGAGAGGGCUUCGCGUACUGGUUUGCAAGGGUGACAGGGUGAGUUUCUUGCUUGGGUUUUAUUUAAUAUGUUGAAAUUGGUAGAUCCAUUACUCGAAUGGACAGAUUGAUUUUGAAACAGAUGCUAUAUCUCAUAGCGUGUGACCCUGACUGUCAAAGUGAUGGACAUAUCCAAGAGGCAUUGUGAAAAAACAGCAUUCUGUUUUUCUCUGAUGUACGUUUAAAAAAAAAAUACAAACCAUAGUUUCUGCAGAAACUUAGAAGGUGUGAAAAUUUGAACCAGACGUAGGUGUCAUUUUUGUUCUCAGUGAGCUUCAUUCCACUGAGGUUUAUUCAAACCUCUGUCCUGUUUCAUAAGUUAUUCAGGGGUUUUAAAUAUUAGUGUGGCGUGGAAUUGUACAUAUAUUGCACAUGAUGUGGAGAUGAUUUUCUUAUACAGCUGGAUCAUAAUCCACUGCUACAGUAAGUAGCCAUUUUGACACAGGAAACAGAUAACUUACAUUCAUGCAUUUGAAUACCACCUUUUUAUAAUUCAGAAAUACUAAGAAAGGGAAUAUGGACUAGAAAGAGGAUAUUGUCUUUUUGAAGUAAAUUUAUUUGCAUUCAUGGAUUAAUUGACUUUGCAGGUCUGUCUUUUGAAACUGAUAAAAAGUUAAUCAAAAACACAAAGGAACAUGAUUCAUAAAUCGUUUUGAAUUGUCAAAUGCCAAUGUCAUCUUUGUACUGACAGUUUCUUUUUUUUAAAUAAAUUGUGUCAAUACAAAUAA